CUGCUGCUGCUGCUGCUGGACGGACAGUCAGAAAAAUAAGCUGCUCGCUUUGCAACGGAGCUCUGAAAAACUGAGUUAGCACCAGGGUAUAUAUAUAAAGAAAACUGGAACGCCACCACGGAUUUUUUGUGGGAUAAACGUACUGGCCUCGCUGCUAAAACGAUGCCUCACACCAGACGGUACUCGUCUUCGGACAGAGACAGUCGAAGCAGCUACCAGGACCGCUACAGAGACCGAGACAGAGACCGAGACAGAGGGCGACGACACCGGCACAGAAGAUCACCUACCUACUCGUCAAGUAGUGACAGAGACCGAGAUCGAGACAGAAGGGGACGGGGACACAGACAAGAAGGAAGUUAUGUACGCUCAAGGAGUCGAAGCUAUGACAAUCGCUCGACGGAGCACCGGCCAUUUGACCGAAGAUACUGCGAGGGAUCCAGACGCUUGGAUCAGAGCCGAGAUCGAGACCGUGACAGAGAAAGGGAGCCACAUGGAGCAGCGGAGAGUUACUAUCCACGCGACUUCUCCCCGAGCAUGUACGACUACCGUCGCGGCCGCGAGAGGGAGCGUGAUCGGGACGAGUCGUACCGGCGGAAAGGCAGCAGGCGUAAGCACAAACGAAGGCGGCGUAGAACCAGGUCCUAUAGCCCAUCCUCCUCGCGGAGCAACAGCCGGACGCGGGCAGUGAGUGUGAGGGACGACGAGGAAGGGCACCUGAUCUGUCGGAGUGGGGACGUCCUGCAAGAGAGAUAUGAGAUUGUCAGCACUUUGGGGGAAGGCACCUUCGGGAGGGUGAUGCAGUGCAUUGACCAUCGCAGGGGAGGAGCUCAUGUUGCUCUGAAAAUUAUCAAAAAUGUGGAGAAAUACAAGGAAGCAGCUCGUCUGGAGAUCAACGUACUAGAGAAGAUCAACGAGAAGGACCCUGACAAUAAAUUCCUGUGUGUGCAGAUGUACGACUGGUUUGACUACCACGGUCACAUGUGUCUCUCCUUCGAGCUGUUAGCUCUCAGCACCUUUGACUUUCUAAAGGAAAACAACUACCUGCCCUACUCCAUUGGUCAGGUCAGACACAUGGCCUACCAAGUCUGUCUCGCUGUGAAAUUUCUCCAUGACAGUAAGCUGACACACACAGACCUGAAGCCUGAAAACAUCCUUUUCGUCAACUCAGACUUCACAAUGUCGUACAAUGUAGAGAAGAAGCGAGAAGAGAGGACGGUUAAGAGCACAGCAGUACGUGUGGUGGACUUUGGUAGUGCCACAUUUGACCAUGAGCAUCACAGCACCAUUGUGUCAACGCGGCAUUACCGUGCCCCCGAGGUCAUACUAGAGCUGGGCUGGAGCCAUCCUUGUGACGUGUGGAGCAUUGGCUGUAUCCUGUUUGAAUACUACCUGGGCUUCACCUUGUUUCAGACUCAUGACAACAGGGAGCAUUUGGCCAUGAUGGAGAGAAUCCUGGGACCAGUGCCGUCUAGGAUGAUUCGUAAGACGAGGAAGCAGAAGUAUUUCUAUCGGGGCCGUCUGGACUGGGACGAGAGCUCGUCGGCGGGGAAAUACGUCAGAGAAAACUGCAAACCUUUACGGCGGUACCUGCUGUCGGAGGCGGAGGAGCACCACCAGUUAUUUGACCUCAUUGAAAGUAUGUUGGAAUAUGAACCCUCCAAGAGGCUGGUGCUGGCCGACUCCCUAAAGCACCCUUUCUUUGAGAGUGGGGGGAGUGGCGAGGCUGCAGGCAGCAAGAACUGGGAGGGCAACCGGGACAUCAGCCGGUGACCCACAAAACCCCCCUAAAGACUGAAUGACUGAGGAGAAAAAGUCUUUUAUAUGUGGAGCAGGUGAACUGUUGAAUAACGUGGGGCUUUGGAUGUUUUCUGUCGUAUGUCAUUAAAGCAUGGACACCUAAACUUCUCGCUCCUCCACCUCGCCGCUCUGUCAAACUCUGCAAGUCACGAGAGGCAUGUUUGUUGUUUUUUUUUUUGCAGCAGAGACCAAAAUAACCCACAAACGACUGGUGAAGAGCCUAAAUGAAUUUUUUCUACCGGUCAAAGCCUCAAUAGAGGACAAAAAUUUUUAAACAGAAGAUUGUUUGUACCCAAAGUAGCCCUCUAUGCAGCUCGUCUUCCUUUUGACCUCUUGAAACACCUUCCUCCCUUCCCUCCUUCCUUCCGUCCGUUCAUUUUCAGCACAUGUAAAGAAAAGAAUUCACCUUUUUUAAGUAAGCACUACUAAAGCCGGUCAUACAAAACAACUCAGUUUUGGAGAAUAAAUAUCUUCAGAUUCUGAAGUUAAAGAAAAGAGGAAAAAGGAGACAGAGCUGUAUGUGCAGCACAAGUCCUCACUCACAUAAGGAUAAACACAUUAUGUCGAGGCACCUGCCAUCAGCCAGAUACUAUGUUAAUGUUAAACAUUAAGAUUUAAUAUCAUAUUGCUUGAGGAGCUUUGAUUGAUGAGGGCAAACUAUUAAAAUAUUUCUUCAAGUUUUGUUCCAAAACAAACAAAAAAAUUGCAAGUGUCUCAAAAUUUUGUUUACGUUUUUGAUAAGUGAGCGCUUGCAGUGCGUCAUAAUUUUUCAUGUUAUUUUUUUUAAUGUAUAAAAAGAUUAUCCCCUAUAUGGAGACUUUUGCCCUCAAUAUCUGACCUUAAAGGCCUGUUAUUAUUCGCCAAUUAGAUGAUAAUGGUGAUGGACACUCCUCACACACGGGCCUCUAAAGCCUGUCUUAUUGAUGGAUGUAUGUUUGUUAUGUUAUGCAAUGCUUUCUCUGUGUGUGUGUGUGUGUGUGUGUGUGUGUGUGUGUGUGUGUGUGUGCGCGCGAGAGUGUGUGUGCGGGAGUGUGUAGGGGUGAUGUGGGUGACACUCUUACGUUAAUGUUUUGCUCAUUGACUUCUUUGUAAUUCUUCAGCAUUAAACAUGGGAACAUUCUCACACAUUCAAACAAAAAAACAUAAACUGCCUUCGUCGUGUGACGUGGUCAGGCCGGUGGUCAGGCCGGUGGUCCCCACUGAGGUUUAAGCACACAGCUCCUGGUGGCCGCCAAUGAGCCACACACCACUCCUGUUGAUGAUAUUUAUUUUUUCUUUUGGUGUUUUUUUGAGCUCAAAUAGGUCAUUGUCCCCACACCCCCAACCUGUACAUGGUUUGUUUUUUUUGUAUGAAAUUAAAACGUAUAAAACUGUAUAUAUGUAUGAUUGUGUAGAAUUAAAGUUAAGUCCUCCUUUC